CCGGGAGAGGGGGCGGUGGGGCAAGAUGGCGGCGCACCUGUCCUACGGGCGAGUGAACCUGAACGUGCUGCGCGAGGCGGUGCGUCGCGAGCUGCGCGAGUUCCUGGAUAAGUGCGCGGGAAGCAAGGAACAUGAAGUGGAAAAAAUGUUCACACUUAAAGGAAGUCGUUUGCCCGCAGCUGAUGUCAAGAAUAUUAUCUUCUUUGUCAGACCCAGACUAGAACUGAUGGAUAUAAUUGCCGAAAAUGUGCUCAGUGAAGACAGACGUGGUCCAGCAAGAGAUUUCCACAUUUUGUUUGUGCCGCGACGUAGUUUACUGUGCGAACAGCGGUUGAAGGAUCUGGGUGUUCUGGGAUCCUUUAUUCAUAGGGAGGAGUACAGCCUCGACCUCAUUCCAUUUGAUGGGGAUCUCUUAUCCAUGGAAUCGGAGGGUGCAUUCAAAGAGUGCUACCUGGAGAGUGACCAGACGAGCCUCUACCACGCAGCCAAGGGGCUCAUGACCCUGCAGGCUCUGUAUGGGACAAUCCCCCAGAUCUUUGGGAAAGGAGAGUGUGCCAGGUAUCUCCCCUGCUUGAUGGGUCUGCCAUUUCCCCCAUUUCAGGAAAGGCACAAUGCUAAGACGGUUGGGGAGAUCAAGCAGUUUGUUUCCCAGCUGCCCCACAUGCAGGCAGCAAGAGGCUCACUUGCAAACCACACCUCGAUUGCUGAGUUAAUCAAAGAUGUUACCACUUCUGAAGACUUCUUUGAUAAACUAACAGUGGAGCAGGAGUUUAUGUCUGGAAUAGACACUGAUAAGGUCAAUAGUUACAUUGAAGACUGUAUUGCCCAAAAGCACCCGCUGAUCAAGGUGUUAAGGUUGGUUUGCCUCCAGUCCGUGUGCAAUAGUGGACUCAAACAAAAAGUUCUGGAUUAUUACAAAAGAGAAAUUCUCCAGACAUACGGCUAUGAGCACAUAUUGACCUUGUACAACCUAGAGAAGGCUGGCCUGCUGAAACCACAGAUGGGGGGCAGAAACAAUUACCCAACAAUCCGAAAAACACUACGCCUCUGGAUGGAUGAUGUGAACGAACAGAAUCCCACGGACAUAUCAUAUGUGUACAGUGGUUAUGCCCCUCUCAGCGUGCGGCUGGCGCAGCUGCUCUCGCGGCCUGGCUGGCGCAGUAUCGAGGAAGUUCUCCGCAUACUCCCAGGGCCCCACUUUGAAGAACGGCAGCCGUUGCCCACGGGACUGCAAAAGAAACGUCAACCAGGAGAAAACCGAGUCACUCUGAUAUUUUUCCUUGGGGGCGUAACCUUUGCUGAAAUCGCGGCCUUGCGAUUUCUCUCCCAGCUGGAAGAUGGAGGUACAGAAUAUGUCAUUGCCACCACUAAGCUAAUGAAUGGGGCCAGCUGGAUAGAGUCUCUAAUGGAGAAACCUUUCUAGGUUGAUCCAAGUCGACUUGAAUGAACUGCAAAAUAAACUGCUCCUUUGGAGAAGCUGCCAAAAGGAAGUGAAACCCCACUGAAGAGUAACAGAAGAAUACAGAAUUUACUUCGGGGGUCAGCCUCUUCAAUUACACUGUUUUCUCCUUUCUGCUUCUCUUUUGUGUUUCUAAUUUCUUGAAGAAAAAGAAUAGAAGAGAAUCCACCUGGCUAACAGAAACACCAGUUGUUCAUGUUCUAAGCUCAGGGUCUUCCUUAGAGACCUCUGGCAACGUAUUAAGGAUGGUGGGGAUGGAUAAUCUUAUACAGCUGCACAAAUGAGGUCAGUUCUUAAAAUAGGAAGGCAGAGACUGAUGGGUAAAAAUGAAAAGUGGGAAGUCUAACCCCUAAUAAAUAGUGCUUUCUUGAAGGCACAUCAUGCCUGGGGCAGUGGCUGGGUGUUGGGGCAAGAGCUGGUCCUGUCACUGAGUUGAGAUUUCUUUUUCCUGCAGAGUAUGGCACAUUAUAUUUGGUGUCCUCAGCCUCUGUCUUAGGUGAUCACUAAGGCAAGUGUUGAUUCCUUCUGCUUUCAAUUCCUCUGCUUCUAUAAAGCAAGAGGGGUGGAGGGACUUCUUUCUCCAAAUCAAAGUUCAUCUGACCAGCUAAAUUUCCAUGGGUCUCAUACUUAUCAAGGGCUUUUUACAUUGAGGAACGUGAGGAUUGGGGAGCAGCUUCCUGAGAAUUUUCUUAAACACUAUUCAAAGACACUUUCUGAGCAUACGUGCUGUUCACUCCACGACGUUUCCAUGGCAGAUGCCUCCACUGAGGCGUCGGUUUUCUUCCCCACCCAUCAUGGGCCCCAGCACCAGCUGGUCCCACCGUGAACAGCAAUGACUCUUGCUUCUUCAGCAUUUGGCGACACCACCUCCACAGUAACUGUCGCCUGUACUUCUCCACACUCAGCCUCUUGCAUUUGUUUUGCUUGGAAACAUACCGCUCCAUUGCAGUCCCUGGUCCGGUGACCUCAGCCUUCUCUGGGACAGCUCAUCGAUGGUCUUGGAGUCCAGCAGUUGCAGCUGCUCCUGCAGGAGACGGUUAGCCUGUGGGGCAGAGGAGCAGGGUAUUGGUCGAGAGUCUGGAAACCUGCGUGUGUUCCCUGCCUCCCUCCUGCUCCAUCCUAAUAUCUGGAAGUUAAAUCCAAGAAGGGGACCAAAUGGAUGGCUUCGUAGCCCUUGCCCAAGUCUCCCCUUUGUUGGGGGAUCAAGGUCAGCAUCCCUCCUCAGGGGAGGUGUGGCCUCUGUUGUUUAUCAGUAACCACAUGUUUUAUUCUCAUUUUGUUUCGUGAGUGAAUUUCUGGUAGCACAUUGCAUGCUAUGAAUGAAAGAGAAAUUCUAUAAUCAAAAAAAGCUGUCUUUAAGAGUGAGGAGUAGAAGAGGUCAUAUUUAAGAGAUCUGCUUCUCAUGCAUUCAAUUUGGCCUUGACAUUCAGUAUUUGGAAAACGGUCUUUAAAAAAACUAUGCCUAUUUUAGAAAAUCCUUUUUUAAAUACUUGUUAUUCCAGGGAGAUUAGUUUAUACCUUCCAGCCCCAGCUGUUGUCAGCCUCAGCCGCCUAGAGAAUGAAAUCCACCUUGUCCCUCAAAUGUUUUUGGCUCAUGGGAUUCAAUUCAAGUCUGGUCAGGUCUCCUUGGCUGGGGUUUUUGUCCUAUGAACAGAUACUCAGUUGUGUCUCACGUGUCUACAUUCACUUGGGAAUUUAUACUUGCUUGCUCAGAGCAUAGUCAGGUCAGCUCCUAAAAUGCAUUUAGCAGAAGACUUAAAAAACAUCAAUUGCUUCACUUGUAUGCAAAUAGAAAGUGGUGGAUAAUUAUAUAUUAUACGCCUUUGUGUAAGUUCACUUAAUACUUGAAGCAGCCUUUGUCUCGAAGGAGUAUGCCCUUACUGAGAAAGGGUAUGUGAAUGGUACAUUUAUUCCUAGAGAGGGCGGAUUGUUUACAUCAUGUCUGGACUUUUGUCUAGUUAGGUAGACAGUUCUGCCACACUGGCAACUCCAUAAAAAAGAAGUCUAUGUAGAUAAAGAAGUCUACAUAGGCACUGUUCUGUGUCUUACUAUACACUUUUGAAUUUAGCCAACAGAGAAGUAUUUGAAUUGUAGUUUAACUGUAGAGCAAGAGAAUACAGGCAUACAGAGAGAUAUUGUGGCUUUGGUUCCAGACCACCCCGAUAAAGUGAAUGUUGCAAUAAAGCGAGUCAAAUGCA